GUUUGCGUAGAAGAGUUGGAUUUCAUCCCUGCAUUUAAGUGCUUUGACUAGUUGUGGCGACGAGAAGGCUAUAGCCUAUAGCCAUUCCAGUCGAGCUGUGACUUGGUUUUUAUUGGUGUCCCUGUUAGUUUUAGGGGGAGUCGAGAUGGGUCUGUUAUUCCUGGGAAACUGAAUUGGAGUGGUGCUUGUUUGAAGGCGAACGCUCUAUGUCAGGAAUGAGGAAAUAUCACCAAAAUUGCGUCUAAAUGGUUUUUAAAAGAAAGUUUUUGGAGUUGAGUUAUGUGUUUGUAGAGAAUAGACUUCGGAUGUUUGAUUGUUUUGUUUAUCAAUAACAUGGUAGCUGAGGAUGUGGUUGUUUCUCCAUUGUUCUUGAUUGAUUAUUUUGAAUUGUUACAUCAGCAAAAUAAGUCCGUGCAUGUAUGGAGUGAUAAUAGUAUCCAAUGUCAACUUGAUCGAAUGCAUAAUUGGGGUUGAUGGAUAUUGGCUUCUGUUUUGUGUCUCAUUCCUUCCAACCUGUCUUGCCACUCUUAAUAGUUUCACAUUCUUUCCUGAUCAUUAGAAGAUUAUGAACAAGUAAUGUAUCAAUUCUGCCACAAGUUUCUUUGAAUACAUUGUUUUGAAUACGGUGUAACAUCAAUUUAGGUUUCAUUGUUAGUUCCUCCUUUUUGAAUUGUUGAAACUGACCAGAGGACCAGACCUGACUCAAGUAGUUCACUGAAUUUGCUUCUCUGCAUCUCCGGAGCUCAAUAACUUAGAUCUAUCAAUAUGUCUACUUUGACUUACAGAGUUGGCCAAUUGGCUGAGAAAGGAGCAAAUUCAUGGAUAUUUUCAAUGAGAAUGAUUUAGCGCGUGAUGGAUCCGUACUUUUAGUUUGAUUGUGUAUUCAUAUCAUCGGAUAGCAAUUCUUUAAAAGUUAUUAUAAUAUUCCGUCAAUUUAUGCUGUCAUGAAUGAGCUAUUGAUUGUGCCUCGUAAUGGCCAAUUCAAUUGACGAUACUUGCUGUAAUUCUUAUCUCUGGUCAAACUAGGGUUUGAGGAGGCUAACUUUGAUGAUAGCGUUGCCUUGGCCGUAAAAAGAAAAUAAUCCAUUCAAUAUAAAGCAACUUACAUAAGGCGUAAAUAUUUAAUAGUGAUCAUAAGUCUUCAAAAAUCUAGUGCCUUUGUUUAUCAAUUGAUCAAUGAUUUAUCAGAAAUCAGUGCGUGAAGUAUAACUAUCUAUAUUCCUUGUCAUGUACAUAAUUCAUAGAUUGGUGUCCUCCCUCCCUUUGAUAAGUGCUAAGUAAAGCUGUUCCAGACAUUAAUACCUUACUAUUCCUUUUACCGCCGACCACUCAAAUGGAAAACGCGUUGCGAUGCUCUAGAUAUGGCCUUAAAUCCUGGCAUUUUGUAGCAAUGAAAUUCUUUCCGUUAAAUUUCAAAAAAUGUAGAUCUCACACUCAAAUAUCGUAAGAAUUUGAAUUGCCAUGAGAAGAGAAAUUAAUUAAGUUGCUUCAAAUUGGAGAAUAUCACUUGAACUCGACACCCACCUCCCCCUUAUAAAUGCACUUGUACACCUUGGUUGCAAAUCACGAGAAAAAAGAGAAUUCAGCUAACCAUUGACCAUGGCAAGAAGGAAGGUUAAGCUUGCUUUCAUAGAAAAUGAUACUUCUAGGAAAGCUGCCCUCAAGAAAAGGAGACAAGGGCUUAUCAAAAAAGUGAGCGAGUUGAGCACUCUGUGCGGUGUGAACGCGUGUGCCAUUGUCUAUUCUCCAGACAGCAAUGAGCCUGUCUUUUGGCCAUCUAGACCAGAGGUGGAGCAACUCCUUGUGCGGUACCAAAGCUUCUCUGAAGUGGAGAGAAGCCGAAAGAUGGUGAACCAGGAAAGCUACCUCAAGGAGCAGAUCAACAAGUUAAUCGGGCAAAAGAAAAAGCUUGCGGUGAAAAACAAGGAGUUAGAGAAUACCUACCUCAUGCAACAACUUUAUCUGUCUGGUAAAACCACUAGUGAAUUUGCUAAUGAUGAGAUGUGCAGUUUAUUCUACUAUGUACAUGAAAAGACUAAAGAAAUCGAAAGAAAGAUUGAACUUCUCGGACGAAGUGACGGCGCACCGCGAUCUGGAGGUGCUCCAUCAGCAAUCGAAGGCCCGGUGGUUGAGGAGGAAAUGAUCCUAGAGGCUAAAGAAGGAGGCAGUGGCGACAACAAUGGCGACAAUAUAGGUGAUGCAUCUUCUUCAUUGGAUCAAUGGUUCGUAGAUAUAAUGAAGUCUGGAAAUGCUGGUAGUGGCAGUGGUAGCAAAAAGGACGAAUUGUACCCUUUGGCAUGUUUGACAGGUGGUGCCGGUUCAUCCAAUCGAGCCCUUGCCUUCAAUUUGUCAAAAGAGAAUGUUGGCGUUGGAAGUGGCAAUUGGGCCAAUGGUAUAGGCCCUGUUAAUGGAGAUGCCGGAGGCAGUGGGAAUAAUAUUGGGUUGUCUCAAGGCCUUAGUCGAGUCACUCCAGGGAGAGGUCCUUUGGUGACUUAUGGGCAUGUUGGAGGUAGUGUGAGCAACAAUUCUGCAACACCAUAUCAAGGGUAUGGAGGACACAUGACCCGUGGAUCUGGAAUGGUGUGCCCUAAUGGAGAUGCUGGAGGCAGUGUCGGCGAUGGCACUACUGGAUAUGGAGUGAGGUUGUUUAACCAGCGGAAUACUGGAGGUAGUAGUGGUGGAAAUGGUGAGGUGUUUCCUCGAGGAGGUAUAUAUGGAGUCGAUACCGACACUGGUUAUGGCAUGAGGCAACACAAUGAGAAUCCUGGAGCCGUGACUAAUGGUCAUGGGGUGGUGCUUCCUCUUAUCAACAAUGAUCAUGGCAGUGGUAAUGGUGGUUGUGGGAUAGGACUGAAUCACAGUAAUGCUCAAAUCAUCGCCAAUGGACAUGAAAUGUCGUCGAUUUAUGGGGAUGUUGUUAGCAAUGGAUAUGGUAUUGUUGUUCCUCCUAUGGUGGCGCGCCCUUUUGCAAAUGCUGGCAGUGGCAAUGUCGAAUGGGGAAUGGGCAUGUAUCAAGGCAAUUUUGGUGCUAUCAACAACGGAAACAACAGGGCAAUUGAUAAUGGGCCUUUUGAAGGAGGCAAUGGUGGAUUUAGGGCAAUGGUGCCCCUGGGAAAUUUGGUAGGCAAUAUUGGUGGAAAUGAGGUGUGGAUGUUGCAUGACAAUGCUGUAGUCGAUGCUAAUGGGAGUGGUGGAAACAAUGCCGGCAUGAAGUAACAUGCUGACAGCAAGUGGCCUGACUUUUAGUGAAUUAUUGCAUUGUUUUUCUUUCAAAUAAGUGAGGGGACUUUUGAAUUGGACUUCACCAACAUGAAUUUUAUGCAUCUUAGUCGUUGGGCAUCUAUCUCAUCGUAUGACUUUGAUGAAUUCAAUUCUUGUGACCAUUGUCUCUAGCUUAUCUACCCUAAGGUCUCGAGUAUUUCCUCCUAAUUUCCUUUGCUGGUAUAUUGUUUCUGCUUUGUUAAUUGCAGCUUGGCUGCUAUAUGAUAAUGGACUCAUUUUCAAUAUCUAUUGUUGUAGCAUGAACCUCCCUGGCAUAAUUUGGCAUAAUCUGUUCUUUGGGAUAUCUGAUAAUGUGAAAAAACAUCGUGAACAGUCCUUCAAAUCAUCAAACAUCUAUUCAUCCAUCCAUCCAAAAUUAGUUAAGUGUGAUAAUCGAUGUAGCUGCGUAUUUUUUUAUUUAUUGCUCUUAUUGAUAGGUCGAGAAACAAAAUCUAUAGCAAUUCAUAACCUUACCUUUACGCGAAUUUGUAAGAUACCAAGAAUGACUAAAUCAACCUCCCUUCGGCAAAAAAAAAAAAAAAAAAACAAAAUAGAGUAAAUGCACCUUCCAUUUAUAAUAUAUCAUACUACAUGAAUACGAUACGGAGAUAAUUCGAAACGAAAGCACAAUAAAAUGAGAUGAAGGUGCAUGAAUUGAGACUUUGUUGUAGUUCUCAAAUUUAGAUCCAUCUAUUAAUGAGUAGUGCUUUGAAGCACUGUCUAGAACCCGUUUACGAUCCAGUUGUCUCUUUCUGACCAUUUGGUAUAUAGGCAUGUGAUUCUUUCUCUGGAUAUAGUGUUGUUUGGAUGAAAUGCAAAUGAAGUAGGUCUACAAGUUGAUUGUUUCUAAGAUCAUGAAGAAGAUUUGGUGGAAUCUAGAAUGGAAAAUUUCAUAGACCACUUCCCUCUUUAUUAACAAGCAGUCAUGCCCGUGGAAUCCUACAUUCUGUGGAAUGUUGUUCCUUUGGAAUUAGACAUAUUGCGGGAAACAGGUUGGAAGGUUGAAUUGUUAUAUAGCUCUUGUGGUUUUGUUUCAAGACAUCUCUUUUGAUGCAGAGUUAGACAGACAUCACUGCCCCUUCACUCUGUGUUUAUCCUCAAUGACACACACAAGUGAGGAAACUGUUAUAAGUGGAGAUCCUGCAGAUAUGAAAUGUUAUGGACCAUAAUGCAGCAUGAGAAUGUUUGGUUUUUCAUCGUGUGCUGGGGACAAUAUUUA